CCGGGAGUUUCUGCACCACACAACGGCUACAAAUACGCAGGCCCCCACACGGCUCAGCCAAGCUCCAGAAAUCCGUGACUUGGACGCACCUCCUGUUCUUCAAUUCCUUCCAAGAUCUCGAUCUCUCUCUGUCUCUCUCUCCCAUGGCUCCCACUGCUCAGGCGGCGGCACGGGCGGAGGAGGAGAAGAGCUGCAAGGCCAAUGGCAGGGCGGCGAGGUGCCACCCGGCGCUGGCGGAGCACAAGGCGUCGAUCAGGGGCGUGGUGGGCGAGCUGCUCGCGGCCGCCGGCAAGGGCAAGAGCCUCAUCUCGCUCGGCGUCGGCGACGCGUCGGCGCACGCCUGCUUCCGCCGCGGCGGCGAGUUCGCCGCCGAGGCCGUCGCGGCCGCCGCCAGGUCCGGGGAGUUCGACUGCUACGCGCCGUCCUACGGCUUGCCCGCCGCCCGCCGCGCGGUCGCCGACUACCUCUCCGCCGGGGCGCGCCACCGUACCCGCGACUCCGACGUGUUCCUGACGGUGGGCGGCACGGGUGCCAUCACCGCCAUCACCACGGUGCUCGGCGGGGCUCAGGGAGCAAACAUCCUCCUGCCGCGCCCGGGCUUCGCGCCUUACCAGGCGGCCUGCGAGAUAGCCGGCGCCGAGCCUCGGUUCUACGACCUGCUGCCGCGGCGCGGGUGGGAGGCGGACCUUGCCAGGGUGCGCGCCCUGGCUGAUGGCUCCACGGCUGCCAUUGUCGUCAUCAACCCGAACAAUCCUUGUGGCGCUGUAUACUCUGCACACCACCUUCUUCAGAUUGUUGAAACUGCAGGAGACUUGGGGAUCCCAGUCAUAGCUGAUGAGGUAUAUGCACAUAUGGCCUUUGGUGGCAGCAAAUUUGUUCCAAUGGCCUCCUUCGCGCACAUCUCACCUGUUAUCACCAUUGGAGCUUUGUCAAAGAGAUUCAUGCUACCAGGAUGGCGUCUUGGUUGGUUGGCAUUCUGUGACCCUAAUGGUGCACUCAAGCAUGUCAAAACAGCGACCGAGAUGCUGCUGAAUGUGACUUCUGGCCCUACCUCCAUAGUUCAGGCAGCAGUUCCUGAGGUUCUUUCAAAUGAACACCAUGAGUUCCAUUGCAAUGUUGUUCACCUGCUUGAGUCUGCAGCUGACGCUCUGUACAGAAGAAUGAACCAGAUUGAAGCCCUGCAGUGCUACUCAAAGCCUGAGGGCUCAAUGUUUAUGAUGGUUGAAAUCAACACUUCAAUUCUAUGUGGUGUUGCUGAUGACAUAGAAUUUGCUCGUGAAUUGAUCAAAGAAGAAAGUGUCUUGAUUCUGCCUGGAUCUGUCAUUGGGUUGAAGAACUGGGUUAGGAUAUUUUUUGGAGCACCUGUUAGUUUAAUACAGGAAGCCUGCGACAGGAUCGAGUUGUUUUGCCGGAGGAGGACACUCAAGCCAAAUAACUGAGAACAUUGAAAAAAAUUCGGAAGCCAGGAAGUAGGGUUUUUGUUAGCCCAGUAACGUAUAUAGCUUGAUUUUAUUUUCUAAGAUUUAUUCUUUAUUUCAUACUCAAUCUGAGGUUUGUAUAUAAAAUCUGAGAAAUUAUCAGAUGUUUGUCUAUAGGAGAAUAAAAGGUUAUACAAAAUUUCAAGAAAUGUUAUACACGUAUGCAAUUUUUUA